AUGACAACCGUAGAUACUGCACAGAAUCGUGCAACCAUCGGAGAUGAGUUGCUACCUUCUGAUCAGAAGGUGGAACUCGCUAUGAUCGAGGAGAAGAUGGCGGAUCCAGACGUCGAAGGACAACCUGGACAAUUUGUAUCCAACAGGAAGUGGCAAUUUUCUGAUCUGUACAAGCGUUCGGAUAUGAUCAACUUCUACCGGGAAGCUCUUGAGAAGUAUGGUAACGACGAAGCAUUGACCCCUGAAAUGGACCGCGCCGUUAGACGAAAGAUCGAUAUGAUUGUUCUGCCAUGCUUGGGUAUUUGCUAUCUGUUCUACUAUGUGGAUAAGACCACUCUGUCUUACGCAGCUAUCUUUGGAAUCAAGGAUCACAAAAUCGGUCUUGGACUAUCCGGCUCCAAAUAUUCCUGGCUUUCUAGUAUUUUCUACUUUGGAUGGCUCGCAUGGUCCAUUCCCAGCAAUCUGAUCAUGCAAAAGGUCCCUUUUGUAUCGUACCUAUCUAUCAACAUCAUGCUAUGGGGGGUAUUCCUGAUGGCUCAAGCUGCCGCCAAGAACUUCGCGGAACUCGCUGUGCUGAGGGUUUUGUCGGGCGCUUUCGAAUCUAUCGCCGAUCCUGCUUUCAUGUUGAUCACCACAAUGUGGUACAAAUCGUCAGAACAGCCGAGUCGCAUAAGCGCAUGGUACGCCUUCAACGGUGUCGGAGUGGGUGCCGGUGGCUUGAUCGGAUAUGGAAUUGGUCAUAUCAAAGGGUCGCUGGCCAGUUGGCGAUACGAAUUUCUGAUUGUUGGAGCGGUGUGCUCAGCUUGGGCUUUGGCACUGAUCAUUUUGAUUCCCAACACACAUGCAUCUGCGUGGUGGUUGACCCGUGAAGAGCGACUGAUUGCUGUCGCUCGUAUUCGGCACAACCAGACUGGUACAACCGACCGUACUUGGAAAAUGGACCAGAUCAGAGAGUGUCUUACGGAUGUCAAGACUUGGUUGUUCUUUUUCAUCGGUUUCCUUGGCGCUAUCCCCAAUGGCGGUAUCUCCAACUUUUCGACCCUGGUUAUUCAAGGAUUGGGAUUCGAUCGACUUCACACAUCGCUCCUGGGUCUGCCCCAAGGUGCUUUGGUGGUCAUCUGGAUAGCUGCAGGUGCUAUUUUGAACAGCAAACUGCCCCCUAAUAAUCGAACAACCGUCUGCAUGCUGUUUAUGCUCCCAACCAUCGCUGGAACGCUUGGAUUCUUACUCGCGCCCACGAACGCCUAUGUCGGACGGUUGAUCUGUUUUUAUCUCACCGGAUCGUAUCAAACCAGUUUCGUUAUCUGCUUGUCGCUCAUCACUUCAAAUACCGCUGGUCAGACCAAGAAGAUGCUUACUAACGCUAUGAUCUGGUUCGGAUCAUGUAUCGGAUCUAUAGCAUCGCCCUUCUUCUACAAAGCAGAACAAGCACCGACUUAUAAAGAAGGUAUCGGAAGUAUGUUAGCCUCGAAUAUCCUCGAAGCCUUGUGUUUCCUCGCGUUGCGAAUUUACUUGAAACGCCUCAACCGACAACGUGAAUCACAAAGACAAGAGGAGGCUCCAGCCAUCAACGAAACAGCCUUCGCUGAUCUGACAGAUAAGCAGAAUCUUAACUUUCAUUACGUCUACUAA